UUCAAAUAAAAUCUAUUGGUCCGAAUUUUACUGUGUGGAAAUUUAGUGUAAUACUCUUGAUGCUGUGGUUUGGAUGUGGUGUUUAUCUGGACGAAUGCGUACUGGGUGCCGAGGUUUUUGAAUGCGGAAAAUAUGGAUAACUCAUUUACGAUGGAAGGCCCUUUAAGCAAAUGGACUAAUCUCGUCAAUGGUUGGCAAUACCGUUGGUUUGUGCUUGACAUAAGCCUAGGGGUUUUAUCUUAUUACACGUCUAAAGAGAAGAUGAUGCGGGGCGAUAGACGUGGAUGUGUAAAGUUAAAAAAUGCUCAAGUUGGGAUUGAUGAUGAAGAUGAUAGUACAUUCACCAUAACUGUUGAUCACAAAACAUUUCACUUCCAAGCUCGUAACUCAGAUGAACGUCAAAAGUGGCUAGACGCUUUACAGGAGGCUAGGGAUUUACAUACGCAGAAUUAUGCUCUUCUGAAUCAGACCAAUCGUUUACUGGAACAUCCUUGCAGCCUUUCCGAAUUCGACCGUCGUAUCGUAGAGGCAGAUGCUUUUUUACAAAUUCUCAUAGAUCAACAUGAGCAACUGGUCAGUCAUAUUCCAUCGUCCGAUGAAUGUCGGCCGGAGAUUAUGGGUGCUGUCACUUUUCGGAUGCAAAGGCUUAUCGAACUGGUGAAAAAGACAAUUGUAUGCCUCCAGUUUGCCAGAGGUUCAGUCAAUAGUUCAUAUCGUAUACCGAUUACUUUGAAUGACAACAUUGUUUCUGAUGCAGUUGACAUUCCGCAAACUUUACAAUUCGAUACGUCUAUAUCAAGCAGUGCUUUCUCUACAUUGAAAGUGAAAGAUUAUGAUUUAAAAGUACAUGAGAUAAAUCAUACAUUUAUGAACCUUCAAAGUGGUGAAGGUGAUGGUGAAAAUCCAUUCACUUCUUGUCAAGAGUCCUUAUCUAAUGCUUCCCCUAUUAUAACACAGAAACCUUCCAGAAAACAUUCUACUCGUAAUUCUCGACGUUUGGAAAAAAGCAAAUUACACAAGCGGCCAUCUUCUACUACAGAAUCAUCCAUCGAAUCCCAUUCAAUACGUUCACAUCCUGAGCAGCUAGCUACUAUUUCUUCAUCACUCCCUAAUGAUACUGUGAUUGUGAAAAGAUGCUUUGAUGCAUUAGAUUCACCCUCUUCUAAUUAUCCACCAUUGUCCAUCCCAAGAAUGCCAGUUAGGUCUUAUUCUUCUUCAGAUGAUGAUCAGGCUCAAUUGGAUCAAGAAGAAGAGGAUGAAGAAUUCUUUGAUACUCAAGAAGAUAUUUCUGUCAACUGCGCAAUAACAAAUUCUCCACAACCUGUCAAGGAUAAUACAAUUCUAAGCAUGCAUUCAAAUCCAACUGUGCCUAUAACGAAAUCUGGUCGUUAUCGUUCAAGUCAGUCAUCAUCAAAUAAUCAGACGAAUUCGUCUUUGGAUGAUACCUUCGACGAAUUGUAUGAUGAUGAAAAGGAAGAAGAGUUAGGUUCUGUGCAAUCUCACGGUUCUGUGAUAACACAUCUUCUUUCUCAGCUUCGGAUCGGAAUGGAUUUAACUAGAAUCACUUUGCCCACAUUCAUUCUCGAACGUCGUUCUACACUGGAAAUGUAUGCAGACUUUUUAGCACAUGCUGAUUUAUGGGCUGUUAUUCCUAAUGCAUCAACGCCUCGUGAUCGUAUGGUUGCUUGUCUUCGGUGGUAUUUGUCUGCAUUCCAUGCUGGCAGACGAUCGUCAGUUGCUAAGAAACCUUACAAUCCUACAUUAGGUGAAAUAUUUCGCUGUUAUUGGCCUUUAUCUACAGAGAGUGGAGAUGAUUCGACAAAUGCAUCAGAAAAACCACAGGAAAAAUUAUAUAAUUCUGGUCCUGUUCCUUGGGCGCCUCACAAUUCCGUAGUCUUCUUAGCAGAACAGGUCUCACACCAUCCUCCUAUAUCCGCCUUUUAUGCUGAACAUGUUAAUAAUCAAAUAGCUGUAGAUGGACACUUGUGGACUAAAUCAAAAUUUCUUGGUCUAAGUAUAGCUGUAGAAAUGGUUGGUUCAGCUGUCAUAUCAUUACUAAGUCGUGAUGAAGAAUAUGUGGUUACGUUUCCAUGUGGAUAUGGCAGAAACAUUCUCACUGUUCCAUGGAUUGAAUUGGGUGGGAAAACUAGCAUCACAUGCUUAAAAACUGGCUAUAUAGCUAAUAUCGAGUUUCGAACAAAACCUUUUUAUGGUGGUAAACGAGAUACUUUACGUGCUGAGGUUUUUGGACCUAAUGAUAAGAAGGCAUUUCUUAUUGUUGAAGGUGAAUGGAAUGAUAAGAUGUUAGCGAAGUGGCCUCAUGGUAAAAAUGAGUUAUUCAUUGAUACCCGUAACCUACCAACUGUAAGAAAACAUGUCCUUCCUCGAUCUCGCCAAGAAGAAAAUGAAUCAAGACGAUUGUGGGAGGAAGUGACAUAUAAUUUAAAAGUGGGUAAUAUCGAUGCAGCAUCAGAUGCUAAACAUCGUUUGGAACAGCGACAACGAGAUUUAGCUCGACAGAGAAGAGACUCAAAACAUACAUGGACACCAAAAUACUUUCGUGAAGAGGGAGAAAACUGGAUUUAUAGACAUCCUUUAAUUCAACGCCUACAUCAAUCACUCAAUCAAAAUAGUUCUCCCACUGAACCACGAGCAAUCUCCAAAAAUACGAAUUUAGCAUGUUCACCGGAUAUAGUUGUUAAUCCAGUUUCUUGCAACAACGCAAUAACCGAUUCUCCUCAGAUAGUCCAUGCUACUACAACUAAUUCUUCAAUCCCUGUAAUUGAAUAUUUCCCCAGUCCAUAGUUUAUAACUUCAUAUGAUUUUUAGAAAUUACAGUUUUUUUUCCGGUUUAUCACAAUUAAUGUAAAGCUCGACAAUAAUAUUUGUUUUGCUCAAAGUGGAGAUAAUAUGUAUUUUUAAGAUCUUUUUCCCUUUAAUAUCUUUUUUUUUUACAUUUCAUUGUCUUUGUUCUCCGCACUUAUUUGUGUUUCUUUCAAAACCAGUUUCAUGGACGAUUUUGAAUGCACAUUUCUCUAGUGGUUUUACACAUCCUCUCUCCUCUAUCUAUAAUUUCUUAAAUGGUGCUCGGAUUGAUUACAUAUUCAUUCCAUAAUAAUCAUAAUGCAAACGAUAUUAUCCCCCUUUUGGUUCUCUAUUCAUCUCGCUUUUUUUUCUGUUAUAUUUCACUUCUAACAUUCAAUUCUGUUAUUUAUUGUUUGCUUCUCUAGUUUGAUUUUUAUUUUGAAACUUUUAUUAAAAUGGAUGCAUUGUACUACCAUAUUUUUCUUUCCCAUUUACUUUCAUCGUUUUUUUCCUUUUAAGCUUCCUAUAACUUGUUCGCUUGUUUGUUACUUUCCUUCUGUACAAAGAAAGUCAACAAGAUGUAUUAAAUGCUCUGACCGUAGAAUAGUUACAUGUGUGUGUAAACAAGGGUCCUACUAUUUCUCUGUAUGAUCAUAUUUGUUAUGUACUAUAUAAUUUGUGUUAACCUGUCGAGGUCGAUAACUAUUUUCAGUAUUUAAACUUUUCGAAUGUUUGAUUCUAUUUUUGCUAACUCAUCGUUUUCUCAAAAAUCGGAGUUACAGCCGUUACUCUUGUUUUCCAUUUUAAAUAUAGCUGUUUACAGAGAUAUGACUCCACUCGACUUAUAUCAAGUAUAAUAUAGAUAUAUUC